AUGGGUAUUGUUCUACGAGAUAAUGCCGGAGACACGGGGAUUAACACUAGAGGAGAUAGACGUUGUUGCUACGAGACGUUGGAGUACGACGGCGACUCGGUGCUCAAUUUGUUGUUUGCUAAGGAACUAUACUUUCUACAUCCGGACUUGGCACUCGGGUCCCUGACCCGGCUCCGAGCGGCCAACGUGGACACCGAGAAGCUCGCACACGUGGCGAUCAAGCUCAGGUUGCAUCGGUAUGUGCAGCACAGGAAGUCUGUUUUUGAGGAACAAGUAAGUUUCAUUUUCCAAUCGAUCGGUCUUGUCUUCAUUGAUUGUAAUUCCUCGGUGGAUACUAUAUGGAAGACCCAAAUAGUUUACGUGAGUGGGCAGGCCUGUGCUAUUCUAGAACUUUUGUGA